AUGCGUGUAUCUAGGCUUUUGGAGCUGGCUUGCGCUCUGCUGUGCUCUGGCACAGUUGUUAGUGCUCAGUCACCACAAGUGAACUUGGGAUAUGCUACAUACCAAGGCUCAACGUCUGGUGGAAUCAAUAGAUUCUUGGGCAUGCGAUAUGGAGCAGCCCCAACAGGAAGUUUGAGAUGGAAGGCCCCAACUGCCCCUCCCACAGUCUCUGGAGUCCAGUCUGCUACCCAGUUUGGAGACGUUUGCAUGGCUACUAAUGCUGGACCAAAUCCACAAGGCCAGAGUGAAGACUGCCUCUUUGUCAACGUUUGGGCCCCUUCGGGUGCUGGCCCAAGUUCUAAACUCCCUGUCUGGGUUUUCAUCCAAGGAGGAGGUUUUGAGAGCUUGGCUUCUGCAGGAACGGAUGGCAGUGGUGCAGUAGCCAACUCUGGAAACAAAAUCGUGCUUGUGACCCUAAACUAUCGCGUGGGCAUUUUUGGCUUCCUGGCCAGCUCGGAGAUCCAGGCCAAUGGAGUGGCCAAUGCCGGUUUAUACGACCAGCAGGCUGCCUUGAAGUGGGUGCAGCAGCACAUCGCCCAGUUCGGUGGCGAUCCAACACAUGUCAUUAUACAUGGACAGAGCGCAGGUGCCGAGGCUGCGUCGUUGCAACUUCUCGCCAAUGGAGGCCAAAACCAGGGUCUUUUCGUCGGAGCCAUGUUUGAGUCGCUCCCUCAGAUCACUCAACCUAAAGUGUCGGAGAUUCAGUUCCAAUAUGAUGCUCUCGUCAGCAAUGCCGGAUGCGGUUCCAGCUCCGACUCUCUAUCUUGCCUUCGCGGUCUCAGCACCACCGCGCUGCAGCAGUUCAACGUCCCCAUCGUCUAUCCUGGCCAAUCUAAUGCCCCCAAUUAUCCGUAUGUGCCUUGCGUGGAUGGCGUAUUCCUGCAGACUGGCGCCUAUGAGGCUUUCGAGACUGGCAAAUUCGUCAAGGUCCCCAUGUUCUUUGGCAGCGUCACAGAUGAGGGGACGACUUUGGGUGCCCCCAACGCAUCAUCGCCCGAUGAGAUUGAAACCUUUUUCCAGAAUAACUACCCUCGUCUGUCGAGCCAAAACACAUCUGCAAUCAUUGCCCAGUAUCCUGAGAAUAUUGAGCCCGCCUUUAAUGGCCAUGCAGCCUGGUUUCCUGCAGCGGAACUUGCCUAUGGCGAUGUGCUCGUAACCUGCCACGGACUCAAUUUUGGCAAGUAUUUUAUACAAGCCGGGCAGCCUAUCUGGGCCUACCGCUUCAACGUGUUGACGCAAAGCAACAUUCAAAGCGGAGUCGGGGUUCCCCACGGCUUUGAUCUGGGUGCAGUUUUUGGAGGCGGCUAUGACAACUCCAACCUGACCAACAUUGAUCAGCUGCAGGGCUACUACAUCUCCUUUGUUCGGUCAUUGAAUCCAAACACUUUCGCCUUUUCUGGGUCACCAUCGUGGCCACAGUGGAACGGACAAGCAGGAGGAUCGAGGCUUGUGAUCAACAAUAACAACACAGUUGUUGAGGCUGUCCCACAGAAUCAAAUGAGUCGAUGUGCGUUCUGGGAGAGUCUAGUUUCCGAGUUAGAGAUUUAG